AUGGCGUUUGACAACAUCUUAGACGAUGUCGGCAGCUUCGGUCUUUACCAAAUGGUCCUCGCCAUGCUGCUCGUGAGCCCGCGAAUCGUGAUUCCGUGUCACUUCCUGUUAAAUAACUUCAUCGCCGCCGUGCCCCCCCACCGCUGCAACGUCAACCCACUGGACCACGGAGGACUCUUAGGGAACCUUAGCGAGGCCCAGCGGGUGGCAGUGAGUAUUCCGCUAAGAGGUAACGGAGAGCCGCAGGCCUGCAGGAUGUUUGCUCAGCCUCAAUUCCAAAUGUUGGAAAAUCGCUCUGACGGCACCGGACUUCCCAGCACCCACUGUCGGCAUGGAUGGAUCUACCUGAAUGACACCUUCUCCUCCACGUUGGCCACUGAGUGGGAUCUUGUAUGUGACUGGAAACACCUUCCCAACACCACCAGCACCAUCUUCUUCAUGGGCGUCAUGAUCGGCGCCAUCGUGUUCGGAGUGCUGUGUGAUAAUUACGGGAGGAGACGUUGUCUCUUGGCCUCGUACAUCAUCGCCACGGUGUUCGGCUUCUCCAGCGCCUUCGCAAACUCCUACACCACGUUCGCCGUGCUGAGGUUUGCCACCGGAGUUGGACUGACGGGCAUCAGCAUCACCUCCUUCACACUCAAUAUCGAGUGGGUGAACGCGGCUCACAGGUCGUCUGUCUGCGUGAUGGGGAGUCUGGCCUGGUCCGCAGGCAACAUGCUGCUGGCCGCCUACGCCUACCUGGUCAACGACUGGAGGCCCCUCAUCAUGACGGUUACGGCCCCCCUGGGCUUGGCUAUCCUCACCUGGUGGUGGGUGCCUGAAUCGGCGAGAUGGCUUCUAGCUCACGGUAAAGUGGAGGAAGCGCAGUUUUACCUGAAUAAAUGUGCUGAGAUGAACAAGAAAGCCAAGAUAUCCAAAUUCAAACUCGAGGCAGAAUUCCGGGUGGAAACUUUGGAAAAGAAGAAAAGUUACACCUACCUGCACCUUUUUAAGACACCAAAGCUAAGACGGCUAACGCUAGUGAUGGGGGUUGUUUGGUACGGUGUGGCGGUGACUUACUACGGAAUCAGCUUAAAUAUCGUGGGCUUCGGCCUGAGCAUGUAUCUCACUCACUUCAUCUACGCCGCCAUCGAAGUCCCCGCUAAGCUUCUGAUCUACGUUUUGAUCAACAAGAUCGGACGCAGGAAGUGCCUGGCUGGCACGCUCAUACUGACAGGAACCUGCAUCGUUAUCAACAUCUUUGUUCCAAAAGGUUUGUGGCAUCUGCGUUCUGCUGUGGCCAUUCUGGGGAAAGGCUUGUCUGAAGCUUCCUUCACCACCGUCUACCUCUACACCACAGAACUUUACCCCACCGUGAUCAGACAAAACGGUUUGGGCUACACAAGCUUCACAUCUCGCGUGGGCGUGUCGGUGGCGCCACUCAUACUGCUGCUGGAGGACGCGUGGACUCUUCUACCUCAGGUGAUCCUCGCCGUCGGGGCCAUCGGUUUCGGCCUGGUGGCCCUGAUGCUGCCCGAGACGCUCAACACCAGGUUGCCCGAGACCAUCGACGACGUGGAGAAGCCCAAGUCUGGUCGCGUGACUCAGAUGUUCCUCUUGAACCGCAAAAUUGCUGACUCGUGUAUUUUCUGCCUUUUGCUUAGUUCCCAAAGUCCCGCCCCCACGGGUGUCCUCCUGGAGACGAGGAAUGGAACUUGA